AGGCACUGGAGCCGCAGAGAGUGAAGGAGAGGGAGGACGCUAGACGAAGAGAAGUGGGAGGGCUGAUGAAGACUAGAGAAGUAGGGAAAGUUUGAGUGGAAGCAGUCGUUACCGGCUGACUGGAAGAAACUCGUUGAGAGGGUAGCUUGCUAGCGAGUCUGAAAACUUUGUCUGAAACCGUUGAACAGACAGAGAGGUCUGUCGGUCCGUGGCUCACUCGUGCCAUUGGAGUUUCAUGCAACGUUUCAGACGCGUACUCGCUUUGCCUCCAUAAGCUUUUUGGGAUUAGAUGCAUUUGUCUUCACGAUGCGGAGCGAUCCCUUUCUGUUCGCUUCUCGGGCGAUGGAGGAGCUGGUGUCAGAGCUGCGCGUCUUCCUGGACCUGUUGGACAGGGAGUACCUGAGCGCCGGCGUCCGGGAAAAGAAAGCCCACAUUUCCAACAUCCUCAACCGCAUCCUCAAUGCUCAAGAGCCCUCUUAUAAGGCGGAGAUCCACAGCUCUCUCCCUGCCCCGCCACAGAUGCCCCUCCCGGAGAUCCCGCACCCCUGGCUGCCUCCAGAUAAUGGGCCGCCCCCCCUGCCCAGUUCCUCCCUGCCCGAGGGCUACUACGAGGAGGCCGUGCCCCUGAGUCCUGGGAAAGCCCCAGAGUACAUCACCUCCAACUAUGACUCGGAUGCGAUGAGCAGCUCGUACGAGUCGUACGACGAGGAGGAGGAGGAUGGUAAAGGUCAGAAGAUGCGGCACCAGUGGCCGUCCGAGGAGGCGUCCAUGGACCUGGUGAAGGACGCGCGCAUCUGCGCCUUCCUGCUGCGCAAGAAGCGCUUCGGACAGUGGACCAAACUUCUGUGUGUCAUCAAGGACAACAAGCUGCUGUGCUAUAAGUCCUCCAAAGACCAGACGCCCCAGAUGGAGCUCCUGCUGGGUGGCUGCAGCAUCACCCACAUCCCCAAGGACGGCAAGAAGAAGAAGCACGAGCUCAAGAUCGUCCACCAGGGCGCCGAUGCCCUCGUCCUCGCCGUGCAGAGCAAGGAACAGGCCGAGGAGUGGCUCAAGGUGAUGAGAGAAGUGUGUGCCAAUGGGAACGGACACAUCGACUCCGACGGCGUGGGCUCGGGGUCACCUGUGCAUAAGGCUGAACUAGAGAAGAAGCUGUCCUGUGAUCGGCCCAGCUCAGAUGGAGAGCUCAACCAUGAGAAUGGAGUAACUGACACUAAGGAGCAUGCCAAAGGGAAGAAGAACUCCAAGUCAGAGCAGAAAGGCACUGUGGGUAAAGUAGCGGGAAAGAAGAUCACAAAGAUCAUCGGCCUGGGCAAGAAGAAGCCGUCUACUGAUGAACAAACCUCCUCCGCCGAGGAAGACGUUCCAACAUGCGGCUACCUGAACGUGCUGUCCAAUAACCGAUGGCGGGAGCGCUGGUGUCAGCUGCGGGACAACCAGCUGCUGCUGCACAAGGACCGGACGGACCUGAAGAGCCACAUCGCGGCGCUGCCCCUGCGCGGCUGCGAGGUCAUCCCCGGCCUGGACUCCAAGCACCCCUUCGCCUUCCGCCUGCUGCGCAACGGCCAGGAGGUGGCCGUGCUGGAGGCCUCCUCUUCAGAGAGCAUGGGUCGCUGGUUGGGCGUCUUGCUUGCUGAGACGGGUUCCACCACAGACCCUGCUGCCCUGCACUAUGACUACAUUGACGUAGAGACCACAGCUAAUGUCAUCCAGCUGGCCAAGCAGUCCUUCUGCUUCACCAGUAAGCGUGCCGUGUCGCCCAACCCCUAUCUGGACAAUCCGGUCAAUGGCUACGCUUGCCCCUCUGGAGUCGCUCUGCACUAUGAUGACGUGCCCUGUAUUAACGGAACGGUCUCCGGCCUGUACUCUACCCCGGCCACCGGGGGGCGCAGCCUGAAGGAGGAGGUGCACUACGAGAACGCCGAGCUCGAGCUGUACGAGAACAUGCCCUCGCCCAAGCUGGUGGCGCGCUACCCACCCAAAAUCAAAACCGGCCGCACUGCCUCACCUUCCUCCUCCUCCUCGGCAGGCCACUACAAAACCCCAGUGUCCUCUAAAGCACUCUCUUCCUCGCCCGCUAACGCUAAUUCUCCCUCCCAGCUGAAGGGGAAGAAGGGCCUGGCCACCAACGGGACGGCCUCCAAGCAGAAGGUGGACAAGAGCCAGGCCAAGAAGGGCGCCGUCACCAACGGAGCCCGCGCAACCGCACCCGUGAAACGUGUCAAUUCCAGUGUGGACCAGUACAAGUACGGGAAGAACCGCGUGGAGGCCGACGCCAAGAGGCUACAGGCCAAGGAUGACGAGCUGACCAAGAGGAAGCAGGAGAUCCGCAACCGUCUCACCCAGCUCAAGAAGGAGCGCAGGGACCUGCGCACAGCCAUCGAGGCCAACACAGGCAAGCGUGCCCAGGCGAGCCUGAUGGAGCGCCUGAGGAAGGUGGAGGACGAGUGUCGUGUGAAGGAGGAGGAGCGCGUGGAGCUGGAGCUGGAGCUGACCGAGGUCAAGGAGAGCCUGAAGAAGGCCCUGAGCGGAGGAGUGACCCUUGGCCUCACCAUCGAGCCCAAGGCCACCUCAUCCUCCAGCCCGCAGUCCCCAGUGUUGAUGCGGCGGACGACGGAGAACUCGCCCAUCUCCAGCUGUGACACCAGCGACACGGAGACGUGCUCUCUGCCCGUCAACAGCGCCUCCCUGCUGCGCAGACAGGGCACGCAGAAAACCCCGCCUGGACGCGGCCACGUGCUCAGGAAGGCCAAGGAAUGGGAGAUGAAGACUGGCACAUAAACCCUUCUUUCUGUUCAUUGCUUUCCUCUUUUUAAAAUGUAUAUAUUUAUUUAUAACUCGCAUAUAGGAAGGAUGCUGAAGAGGAGUUCAGCUUAGACUACAUGGUGCAUGACAACAACAACUACAACAACAACAAGACCCAAGGGCCUCCAGUUUUUAUUUUUGUCCUUGAGUUUGCUUUGACUAUAUCUGCCCACAAAGAGACAGGCUACAUGUUAUCAUUACCUUCUCAGCUUUAUAAUACCAUGUAUUAUGCUGUCUUGCUUACAGUCACGCACAGUCAUGCAGUUUUGUAAACCUACACUUAACCAUCGAUCGCAAAAUAUGUAUAAGUCAUUAUCAACAGCCUCCUUCCUUGUUCCGUUGGGUUUAAAGCCAUCUUUCAAUAGGAAAAAAGACCUUAAGUAUUUAUUUGUAAAUGUUUUAAGUAAAUACUAGCAUCCCUGUGAUUUUUGUUUUGUUUUCUUUCUUUUUUAUUUAUGUUAAUAUUUAAAGCUUUGUUUUGUUUUCAAUUUGUUUUAUAUGGCCUCAUCUUGGUUGCAUAGCAGUUUUUACGUUAAAUUUUACGUUAAUUUGUGUGUGUGAAUGUGUGAGUGUGUGAGUGUGUGUGUGUAUAUGUGGCGCUUGGUUAAACCAAACAGCCAAAUCUGUUCAUGAAUAACUGGUGCUUGUUUUACCCGGCAUUGUAUGAUAAAGGAGAACACCACCAUUUUGCAAAAUUUGCAAAAGUGCUCACUCAUUGAUAAGCCAACAAUUCAGCCCACUGUACUUAAGAACUCAGAUUACAUUAUUUUGCAAGAGACUCAACAGGGACUUUUUGUUCAGAGCAACCAAUGUUUUGACAAGUAAUAUUUAAUAUGUCAAUUGUGUAGUGAAGACACAACAGACUAUUUUUUUUAAAUAGCACAUGAAGUGUUCAGAGAUUUAGGCAGGAUUUUGUAAGAGCUGCCAAAGAAAAUAGAUUUGGUCAUCCUUGCCUCCCCACUAAAUUGCUGCAAACCUAAGCCUUGGCAAGUUGUUCCACUAGAAUUCUCCACAUCUUUACUCAUAGCCGGUAUGUUUCUGUAGUUGAUUAUAAAAGAUUUCUAAUGAACUUGGUUUGAAAUGUGUGACACAUUCUGAAAUGUUACCAACACAAAUGGCAUUAACCUCCUUAUAUUCCUUCUUACAUUCCUCAAAUACUCUGACUAGGCGGAUGCCACACCUGUGCCUGGUCCUCUUUCAGCAAACUAGUUAUUUAUUUAUUUUUUUAAGUAAAUACUUCCUUGGCUCUUUCGAGCCAGGACACUAGCCAUAGCCUUCAGUAGAGUGGCCUGUCUUGUCUAAAAAGGGUUUCCAUCAAGCUAAAGGGAAAGUUCGAGAAUUAGGUUUCUAUGGCGACAGUGGUCCGGUCGGAGGAGCGGAGGACCGGCUCAGGCCAAGGGUGUGGCCCUGGUUUGUUGGCCGACGCCUCUGGAAAAGUCAAAAAUUUCCUGCCGUUUCUCAUUUUUCCAACGCUGCCACUCUGCUGCUGGUCGGUCGCAUUCUUACCCUCCCCAUAAGUGCAUGUGUCUCUGUCCAGCUGGUAAAUAUCGGUGCUGGGGAAGUAAGUAGCCUUGUGAUCAGCAUGUGGUGAAUUUUUUUUCUCUCUUUUUUUUUUAACUGUUUAUACGUGCGCCUCGUAAACAUUUCCAAGCCGUCAUCAAUACACUGUCAGAAAUAGAAACACUGCCUGGAGUGCAUUGGACUGCAGCGUUCUGUUCCAGAAACCCUCCCGUCGUCCAACUCAUGCUGUGACCCAUUUUCUGGGUUCGGACCAGGUCCUCUCACUGCCUACUGUAUGGUUAAAGUCCAGACGCGUCGUCGUUGGCGAUUUAUGCCCGUCUGUGUAGCCUACGUGGUGGGAAUGGUUGUACUGUACUUUUCCUAAUCUGACCACGAUUACAGACUAUGCAUGAAGCUUGGUGCUUUCCUUGGAAAUGCGAAUUGACAGAUUAAUAGACUACUGCCUCAAGGCUUGUAUGUUUUAUUUUGUAAAAGUUUUAUUUUAUUUGUUUUAGCCUGUUUUUUCCCCAUACAUGGCUACUUCUUGGAGCAGUAAGAAAGGUCAGCUUUUUUUCAGCAUUUUACAUUUGUAUUAAUAAAGAAAAAUAGAAAAAGGCCACAAAUUAGACAGUUUUGCUGGAGAUAUUGCUGUGUGUAAAUUUGACUUUAGGCUAUUUCCUAACUUGUUUCCAUGGAUUUUAGUCAUAGAGUUCAUGGUGGCUCGACAAAAAGGCCCUUGCACCAGUCACUGUCUGGGGAGAGGAGAGAUCAGUUAGCGGUCACAUAGAGGUCAAAGUAGUGAAUCAGAGAUUUGCUUCAGUUGGUUCCUUGUGUUAGACUGUUCGACUGUUAGACUGAAGUUCAUUGGAAUGCUUGUCAAAUCAAACCACUGUCCUGGUUUCCUCACGCAAACAGAAUAAUCAUAUUUGCCAACAACCAAAAUAAAUUCUGACAAAAGAACUGAACUUGCUUUGUUAAUAGCAUAACUGAAGAACUUUUACUCUCUGAACCAUGAAUGAACUGUAGUGGAAUGUUGUUCGAGAAGCUCCUAGCGUUUGAUGGCAACAGUUUUCACUGGAUUGGCGACGCUUUUUUAAACCAAGUGGAAAAAAAGAUGUGAAGUAAACGAAAAAAGUAGUGGAAAUUAUGCACAAAAAGCAUGAGAAAGUAUCUCUGGCUACCAAUCUUUCCUUCUCCCCCCGCAGUGAUCAGAGGACAGUCAGAAAAUGUGAACGCUGUGUAAAUAGUUUUGUGGGAGUUCAGGAUCAGGUAGACAUUAAGCGACCAUGUUUGUUUUUUUGCACCUUAAAGAACUUUUUUGUUUUUUUUUCUGGUUUUCUUCUCCAGUGUACUUCUCUAAAUGACUUUCACCACUUUGGUGACUAACAGCUGUACAUACAAAAAUAAUAAACCUGCUUAAACAGUCCUA